UACACACCAUCCCGCAUCUUCUCCCUGCCCUGAGGACGCCUUCCAGAGAAGAACCGUUUCCAGGACUUAAGGAUACGCAGGCUUCUUCCAGCAAGAAUUCAUCAGCCCGACCCGCCCGGGCUCAAAGGGAGAACCGCAGCCCUCACGCAUUCACUCCAAAGUCUGUAAUCCUCGGGCUAAAGACAGCACCCACCCGAUUACUUCUCCGCCCUUCUUAGUUUACCCAACACUCACAACCCCUCCCGAGGUAAAUUCCGCGGAGGACUCUACGAAAAGAGAGACCAAGGAGAGAGAAGUCUUGGGCGGGAGGCCUGGGCUCCCGUUGCGUGACCGCCACUUCCGACCCGGCACUGGCUCCCCGAGACUGCACGAAGGAAAGGGUACUGCGCCGAGCGGAGAUCGGGUGCGCGGCAUGAAGUUGGAGGUGUUCGUGCCCCGCGCGACCCACGGGGACAAGCCGGGCAGUGACCUGGAGGGCGCCGGCGGCAGCGACGCUCCCUCCCCGCUAUCGGUGACAGGCGACGACUCCCUGGGCUCGGACGGGGACUGUGCAGCCAACAGCCCGGCGAACGGUGACGCCGGGGAUCCAGCGAGCAGUAGCUGCGAGCCGAGCGCCAGCGGCGGGCCAGGCGCUCAGGACGACGGCCCCCCGGAUUCGGAGGGACGAACCGAAGUCAGCGCGGCGGGACGGGGCUGCGGGGACGCAGGGGGCGGUGAGGGCGCGCGCAGCAAGCCGUACACGAGGCGGCCCAAGCCCCCGUACUCGUACAUUGCACUCAUCGCCAUGGCCAUCCGCGACUCGGCGGGCGGGCGCCUGACACUAGCCGAGAUCAACGAGUACCUCAUGGGCAAAUUCCCCUUUUUCCGCGGCAGCUACACAGGCUGGCGCAACUCGGUGCGCCACAACCUCUCUCUCAACGACUGCUUCGUCAAGGUGUUGCGCGACCCCUCUCGGCCCUGGGGCAAGGACAAUUACUGGAUGCUUAACCCUAACAGCGAGUACACCUUCGCCGACGGGGUAUUUCGUCGCCGCCGCAAGCGCCUCAGCCACCGGGCAGCGGUCCCCACUCCCGGGCUGAGGCCGGAGGAGGCCCCGGCUGGUCCCGCCGCGCCCCAGACGUCCGCGCCCGUCGUCCCGGCUUCUCCGCGCGCACACUCGCCGGUCCGCCAGGAGGAGCGAGUUAGCCCCGCUGGCAAGUUCUCCAGCUCCUUCGCCAUCGACAGCAUCCUCAGCAAGCCCUUCCGCAGCCGCCGCGACAUGGACGCAGACCACGGAGUGCAGGUCUUACAGCUGCCCUGGGGCGCCGCACCGUGCGCGCCGCUGCCGGCAUACCCCGCACUCCUCCCCGCUGCGCCUGGAAGGGCCCUAUUCCCGCUGUGUGCAUACGGCGGGGCCGAUCCUGCGCUUCUGGGUGCGCGGGGGACCGAGGUGCAGCCCGCGCCGCCGCCGCCUGCGCCGCAUCUUCUGCUCGCGCCCCUCUCAAUCGCUGCCCCAGCCAAGCAGUUCCGCGGUCCCGCAGCCGCCCCCGCCGCGCACCUGUACUGCCCCCUGCGGCUGCCCGCCACCCUGCACGCGGCCUCGGCUUGCAGCCCGGGUCCGCACCUGCCCUACCCAGAGGAGAGGCUUCUGGCGUGA